CACGCUUGUUCUCGAUACCUUCAACUGAAGACUUUCCAAGCCUUGCGACUGUGACACGCGGUGUUCCAGGAAUUGCCGAAACUCUGUGAAGUUAAAUCUUUAACGCCGAGCGCCUUGUUAAGCCUGCCGCAGCGCAACAGCUGGAGACGGUGUUGCAAACAUGGAUUCAUCGCUCGAGGCGGCAGCAGCACAAUGGCUGGAGCAAAUGGCCACAAUGCGAGCCGCAAUUGCACAAUUGCCGGCCGCCAAUACUGAUGAUCAUGCUGAUCUUGGAGAAGACGGAUACACAUCCGUCUCUUCUUCUGGCGAGGAGGACAUCUGGGACACUCUGUUAGACGAGAAUGACGACGAUGUCAGCGACGAGAGCUUAGACGAACCCCUCUUCAAUGAACACAACUAUGCAUCGACCAAAGCCCAGGGCGAUCGACACACCUGGUUGUCGCAGAAUUGCGCCAGGAUUGCCAGAACGAAUGGCUCAGACGCCGAAGUUGUCGAACAGCACAUCCUAGCGACUCUUGCUUCUAAUAGCAGUGACGAUGAACUUCAAAUGACGCUUGUUGACAUCCUGGGCUAUGAGGAGCUCGAUAUAGUGGCUGAAAUAAUUACCUCGCGCAGCUCGUUAUCGACAACCACCCAACCGCGAUACUCAGGUCUUUUGUCCAAAAAAGAGCGAGAGGCACGCCUAAGACAGGCCGACUACGACCACAAGACUGCAAAAUUGGCGCCCGCAACUGCUUCGUCGAGUGCAGAGUAUCCUCACAUAUAUCGCUCUUCUCAGCAGGCUGGCAACACAUUGUCAGCGCAUGGCACCAAGUUUUCAUUGCCCAUGGGGAGUGAGCGGCUUGAACGUGAUAAAUACGAGGAAUAUAGUAUCCCAGCAGCCGCCGCCCACCGUAUAGCAGCGCACACCCUAGUUUCCAUCGGUCAAUUAGAUGGCCUCUGUCAGAGGACCUUCAGAGGAUACAAGGCUUUGAAUCGUAUGCAGAGCCUUGUAUAUCCUGUAGCGUAUCAGACUAGCGAGAACAUGUUAAUUUGUGCUCCCACCGGAGCUGGUAAGACGGAUGCCGCAAUGCUCACCAUUUUGAACAUUAUUGCAAAGAAUGUUCAUCCUCACCCUUCAGAGGUGCCAGAAGCGUCAGAAUUUACAGUGCGCACUGACGACUUCAAGAUCGUGUAUGUGGCUCCGAUGAAGGCAUUGGCCGCUGAAAUCACAGAUAAAUUGGGCAAACGACUUGCUUGGCUGGGAAUACAGGUUCGCGAAUUGACGGGUGAUAUGCAGCUCACCAAGGCCGAAAUUAUCCAGACUCAGAUCAUUGUUACAACUCCGGAGAAGUGGGACGUUGUGACGCGGAAGUCUACCGGCGACACGGAGUUGGUGCAAAAGGUACGACUGCUCAUCAUCGAUGAAGUACACAUGCUUCACGACGAACGGGGUGCUGUCCUUGAGUCGCUCGUCGCCCGUACUGAGCGACAAGUGGAGAGCACGCAAUCACUGAUUCGUAUCGUCGGUCUGAGCGCUACACUACCGAAUUAUGUCGAUGUUGCAGACUUUCUCAAGGUUAAUCGUAUGGCGGGCCUGUUUUACUUUGACCAAUCUUUUCGUCCAGUACCUCUUGAACAGCAUUUUAUCGGAGUCAAGGGCAAGCCUGGAACGAAAACUAGCCGGGAAAAUAUUGAUGCGGUCGCUUUCGAGAAGGUCAAAGAGAUGAUGGAGCAAGGUCAUCAGGUUAUGGUCUUCGUACAUAGCCGCAAGGACACCGUCAAAACCGCGAAGCAAUUGCUCGAAACCGCGGCCGAGGAGGGACUCGGUGACCUUUUCGAUCCAAGUCAUCACGAGGGCUAUAGCCAGGCGUGCAAGGACGUCAAACAGUCCAAAGGUCGCGAGAUCCGCGAGCUGGUGCAAAAGGGAUUUGGUGUUCACCAUGCGGGAAUGCCUCGGUCCGAUCGAAAUAUGGUAGAACGCCUUUUUGGCGAAGGCGUUCUCAAAGUCCUGUGUUGUACAGCGACACUGGCGUGGGGUGUGAACUUGCCCGCCGCUGCGGUUAUCAUCAAGGGGACGCAGCUUUACAGUGCAGAAGCUGGUAAAUUCGUCGAUCUAGGUAUUCUCGAUGUGCUGCAGAUCUUUGGUCGUGCUGGCCGCCCUCAAUAUCAGGAUACCGGCAUAGGCAUGAUCCUCACAACGCAGGACAAGUUGCAGCACUACCUCACGGCUGUGACCCAGCAGCAGCCGAUCGAGUCGCAAUUUAGUCGGAAGAUGGUUGACAAUCUCAACGCAGAAAUCUCGCUCGGUACGGUGACGAGCAUUCCGGAGGCCAUUACAUGGCUUGGAUACUCAUACAUGUUCGUUCGUAUGCGCAAGAACCCAAUGGCCUAUGGCAUCGACUGGUCUGAGCUCACCAACGAUCCAAACCUCGUUCAGCGUAGACGAGACCUUGUCGUUAAGGCUGCACGAGUGCUUCAAACCAGUCAAAUGAUCAUUUUCAACGAGACUACCGAAGAGCUACGCGCCAAAGACGUUGGACGGAUCGCCAGUCAAUUCUAUGUGCUUCAAACCAGCAUAGAGAUAUUCAACACUAUGAUGAGGCCUCAAGCUACCGAGGCAGAUGUCCUGAAGAUGAUCAGCAUGAGUGGAGAAUUUGACAAUAUCCAGAGCCGUGACACGGAAGAGAAGGAGCUCUUGCGCCUCAAAGAGAAUGCUCCGUGCGACAUCGAAGGAGGCAUCGGUAACCAACAAGGCAAGACCAACGUUCUACUACAAUCCUACAUUAGCAAAUCAAAUCUGGAAGACUUUACGCUUGUCUCGGACACUGCAUACGUUGCACAGAAUGCUGCUCGUAUAUGUCGGGCGCUGUUCAUGAUUGCGCUCAACCGACGAUGGGGUUAUCAAUGUCUCGUCCUUUUGUCCAUGUGCAAAAGCAUCGAAAAACGAGUCUGGGCUUUCGAACAUCCCUUUCAUCAAUUCGAUCUUCCCAUUGCAGUCUUGCGUAACCUAGAUUCAAAAGGAGGCACCGCUUCCAUCGAAUCACUUCGUGAUAUGGAAUCUGCGGAGAUCGGAAGCUUGGUACACAAUCAAAAAAUGGGAGGCAUCCUAAGCAAGCUGCUUGACAAUUUUCCGACCCUGGCAGUGGAAGCCGAGAUCGCGCCGUUGAAUAGGGACGUUCUCCGUAUCAAGCUCUUCUUGACUCCGGAGUUUCGAUGGAAUGAUCGUCAUCACGGUAAGAGCGAAAGUUAUUGGAUAUGGGUCGAAAAUUCGGAGACCAGCGAGAUUUAUCAUCACGAGUAUUUCAUCCUCAGUCGGAGGAAGCUUUACGACGACCAUGAGCUCAACUUCACCAUUCCUCUAUCAGACCCUCUACCCAGCCAAAUAUUUGUGCGAGCAGUCAGUGACAGAUGGCUUGGUGCCGAGACGGUCACACCAGUCUCCUUCCAGCACCUGAUCAGACCAGACACGGAGAGUGUCUAUACCGAUCUGCUCAACCUUCAGCCGCUUCACAUCAAAGCCUUGAAGAACCCUCUGCUCGAGGAGAUAUAUGGCCAUCGUUUCCAAUUCUUCAACCCCAUGCAAACGCAACUAUUCCACUGCAUGUAUCAUACCUCGGCAAACGUAUUGCUCGGCUCACCAACAGGAUCAGGCAAAACGAUUGCAUGUGAGCUCGCAAUGUGGUGGGCAUUCCGGGAACGGCCCGGUAGCAAGGUCGUGUACAUUGCACCAAUGAAGGCGCUGGUGCGCGAGAGAGUUCAAGAUUGGGGCAAACGUUUGACGCGGCAAAUGGGCUUGAAGCUUGUCGAAUUGACGGGAGAUAACACUCCUGAUACACGGACGAUCCGAGACGCAGACAUCAUCGUCACCACUCCCGAAAAGUGGGACGGUAUCAGUCGAAGCUGGCAAACCCGAAGCUAUGUUCAACAAGUCAGCCUCGUUAUCAUCGACGAAAUCCAUCUACUCGGUGGUGAUCGAGGACCAAUUCUUGAGAUUAUUGUCAGUCGUAUGAAUUAUAUCGCGUCUCAGAAGAAGGGUUCUGUUAGGCUGGUCGGCAUGUCGACUGCGUGCGCAAAUGCUAUGGAUCUUGCCAAUUGGCUGGGAGUGAAAGAAGGGCUAUUCAACUUCCGACACUCCGUCCGGCCGGUGCCUCUCGAGAUCUUCAUUGAUGGAUUUCCCGAACAGCGUGGCUUCUGUCCUUUGAUGCAAAGCAUGAACCGACCCACCUUUCUCGCUAUCAAAUCCCAUUCGCCAGACAAGCCUGUCAUUGUGUUUGUGGCCUCGCGACGUCAGACAAGAUUGACUGCGCGAGACCUCAUCAACCUCUGUGGUAUGGAGGAUAACCCAAGGCGAUUUGUGCGUAUGUCUGAAGACGAUUUAGCCUUGAACCUUGCUCGAGUGAAAGAUGACGCGCUUAAGGAGGCCAUGAGUUUCGGGAUUGGUCUACAUCACGCUGGUCUGGUAGAAUCUGACCGGCAGCUUGCCGAAGAGCUGUUUGCCAACAACAAGAUUCAGAUCUUGGUCGCGACCAGUACUCUGGCAUGGGGAGUUAACCUUCCAGCUCAUUUGGUCGUCGUAAAAGGCACUCAAUUCUUCGACGCGAAGAUCGAAGGCUACAAAGACAUGGACCUCACAGACGUGCUCCAGAUGCUGGGUAGAGCAGGCCGCCCGCAAUUCGACACGUCUGGUAUUGCUCGCAUUUUCACCCAAGAUUCCAAGAAGCCAUUCUACAAGCAUUUCCUGCACACUGGGUUUCCCGUCGAGUCGUCUUUGCACAACGUUCUGGACAAUCACUUAGGCGCAGAAGUUUCCUCCGGUACCAUCACGACCAAGCAAGAUGCUUUGGACUACUUGACAUGGACGUUCUUCUUCCGCCGACUCCACAAGAAUCCAUCCUACUACGGCCUGGAAAUAUCUGCCGAAGACAACAAUACAGUGGCGGCCCAGCACGCUGCCAAUGACUACAUGAUCGAAAUGGUUGAGAAAUCAUUGGAUGAGCUGUCAGAAUCUGGCUGUAUAGAGGUUCAAAGCAACGGCGAUGUCGACUCCACUGCCCUUGGCAAGAUUAUGAGUUAUUACUACCUGUCUCACAAAACGAUACGCGAGCUCUCGCAUCAUGCACGUCCAACGGCUACAUUCGAAGAUGUGCUCUCAUGGAUGUGCCGCGCUACCGAAUAUGAUGAGCUCCCCGUUCGGCACAACGAGGACCUAAUCAACGUCGAGUUGUCAAAGAAUCUUCCGCUGAACGCAGAGAAGCUCGAUUUACCAAUGUGGGAUCCCCAUGUCAAGGCGCAUCUCCUCCUCCAGGCCCAUUUUUCACGCAUUGAUCUGCCGAUAAGCGAUUAUGUCGGAGAUCUCAAUUCAGUCCUUGACCAGGCGAUUCGUAUCAUCCAAGCUAGUAUUGAUGCACUUGUCGAAAUGGGUCAUCUGCAAAGUUGCCUUAUGAUGAUCACCCUUCUUCAAUGUGUCAAAACCGCCCGAUGGCCAGACGACGGACCUCUCGCAAUUUUGCCUGGCGUUGUGCCGUCAAGAGAGAAACAACGUAUGUCUGAAAGCAAGAAUGCUCCUGCCACGCUCGUCGAUGCUGCUAAAGCACCCCGUGCCGAGAUUGAAGCGGUUCUACAACGCCUUGACCUUCCCAAGCCGGCACAUGGAAGAGCAUUUAAGAUUCUGGGACAACUGCCUCAAUUGCGCGUUAGCGUGACAGAUGUGAACGCACUGGGCUUUUCUGUUGACGUGCUCCGCCUUAAUCUGAGCGCGGAUCGUGAGAAUCGCAUUUUUGCGCCUCGUUAUCCCAAACCACAGACAGAGGGCUUCUUCCUGCUCGUCACCCAGGACGGCAGCGACGAAAUUGUAGCACUAAAGCGGAUAGGUUGGCCUUCAGGGAACAAGGCCAAGAGUGAUAGAUCCGCUAAACUAAGCAUCCGCUCCUCCAUCAAGUUGGCAGAGCAUACUGGCAUGGCGGUGACAAUCAGGAUUAUUAGCGACGGUUAUGUCGGCAUGGAGUGGAUUGUGUCGAAGUACCAGAUCCCUCCACCGCCACAAGCAAUCGAUGAAGGGAAGAAGGCUUAGGAUUUGUAUUCUUGCCUUACAUUUCGCUCUUUUCACCUUCUUAAAUUUAGAUUAGGUAUUAGCUACAGACUAAUGUAAGACGCCGGCUCUUCUGCUAGUUAAACUCGAGUGAAUUUACUAAGAAACUAUAAUCGUAGAUAAAACCUACACUAUUACUUAAUUAACC